CGAAUUCGCCGUGUCUCUCCACUGCCCUCGAACUCGAUCGCGAAACAGCCCCUGAAGAAUCCUUAACCUCCGACAACAAUGCCGCCAAAGUUCGAUCCGUCACAGGUCGUCGAGGUCUUCGUCCGUGUCACCGGAGGUGAAGUCGGAGCGGCGAGUUCUCUGGCUCCGAAGAUCGGACCGCUCGGUCUAUCUCCGAAGAAGAUCGGAGAAGACAUCGCGAAGGAGACAGCCAAGGAGUGGAAAGGGUUGCGUGUCACCGUGAAGCUGACGGUGCAGAACCGUCAGGCGAAGGUGACUGUGGUUCCGUCCGCCGCAGCGCUGGUAAUCAAGGCGCUGAAGGAACCGGAGAGGGACAGGAAGAAGACGAAGAACAUCAAGCACAACGGGAACAUAUCGCUGGAUGACGUGAUUGAGAUCGCUAGGGUUAUGAAGGUGAGAUCCAUGGCGAAGGAACUGAGCGGCACCGUGAAGGAGAUUCUGGGUACCUGUGUCUCCGUUGGGUGCACCGUGGAUGGGAAGGACCCAAAGGAUCUUCAGCAAGAAAUCACCGAUGGUGAGGUCGAGAUUCCUGAAAACUGAAAUGGAAAAUGAUGGAACGGAUUCUAUGUUUCUUCCUUUACUUUUUUUUCUUUAAAUUUCUAUGAGAUGUUAGCUGUUAUGUUUUCGGAUUGGUAUUGCCCUUUUCUAUUUGAACACAAUGGUAUGCGAAGUUUGCUUCUUUUGGAUCGUAUUAGGCGGUGGGAUUGGAAUCUGAACCUGUUAUAGUGAUGAACAUUUCCUGAAUGUUGGCAA